UAUAUCACUUAUCACAUGUAUUUCUCUCUUCUCUGUCUUUCUUCUUUGUGUCUCUUACCAUGGUAUGCACACAAAAAGUGUUUCAUUUUAUAAUCAUGUUAAGUUCCUAAAACUUGGUAGGCAAAGUUGUUUUCAUAUUAUAUAUAGCAAAACCCUAUCAUGGGAUAACCUCCAUAGGAAUUUUUUUUAUAUAACAAUUCACUUGGCAUCUUUUUCAAACAAGAAAAGUUGUGCAACUAAAGACAAUCACAAGAGCAUGGCAAGCAUUCUCCUAAAUCCAUGCCAACCCUACUUGUCUCGGAUCCAUUUCAUGCCACCAAAGAAGCACAAGUUGCACCAUCGUGAUCGUGAAUCUGGUUCAAGGAACCGUUUGGGGUGCAAGAAAAUUAUGAAUAGAUCUUCCUCCUUUAAUUACAAAAGCAGUGGUAGUGUUCCCCUUCAUGAGUUGCCUUGGGCUUCCUUUAAUGAAUAUAUAGAGGACAAGGAAAGGGUACUCCGAUCUAUAUUUCCAGAAAAUUCAACAUGCCACCAGCAGAUUAACGAGGAAGAGUGGAGAGUUAAGAUGAGUGGCAUCCAAGCCUUGUUCUUAACAUUUCAACCAGUAAUACACAUUAAAGCUAAAUGCAUAUCUGAAGCAGAUGAAUACCCACCUGAGAUUCCUGGCCAUAUCACCAAGCUUCUGGCGUUUCAUAUUACAAGGUGUGAGUUUCCUGAUCUCAACGUUGAUUACAUGCCACUAGAUUUCAACAUCAAUGUCAAAGGAGCCUUGUAUUUGGAAAGGAAGGGAAGGCGUAACUGGAUGAAGAAUAAUAUAGACAUUAGUUUAAACCUUACUUUUCCUCCAUUACUCGCCUGGGUUCCUGAAUAUGUCUUGGAAAACAUUUUACAAUCGAUUCUCAAAACUUACGUGGAGGAUGUUAAUAAUGGAUUUACUGUUAGAUUGUUAGCUGAUUAUAACUCGUUCAAGAGGAACAAACCCAGAUGUUCGAUUUAGUUUUGCUUGUUGAUCCAUUAUUAAUGAAUCAAUUUUAUUAGGAGUAAGAGUUAAGAUGAUAUUUGUAUAAUUACAUUAACUCCUUAUCAUGUAAUAUUUCUUUUGGGUUGGACAAUUUCUUUUGUAAUAACUAUGGAUAAUAAUCAUGAUAAAUCUUUAAAAUAUGUUAGA